CUCCCCCUUCUUGUCUUCCUUGUUUUGCUCACAGUCGGUUAGCGUCUUCCUCACAUGUGCAGGACUGGCAGGCCUCUACCACGCUCACAUAUUCACUCCUCACUGCAGGUGAAGAAAGUGGUCCGAGGUUUUUGCUGCAAACCAAGCUCCUGCAACACCAACACUAACUACAGUAACGACCGUGGAGCUGAAGAAGGACCUUUGAGGUGUUUGAGGACAGAAAGAUGGAAGAGCAGAACAUCAUGGAAAUUCUUUCUGGAGAUCAUCUUGUCUGCUGGAAGUUUUGUUCUCACAUGUUGAAACAACGACAGAGAAAUUCCUACAGAGCAACCAGCCAGCUCCACGAAAUAACCGAAGCGCCAGCACUAACUAGCUCCCCAGCUUUGCACAGCCCAGUUCCCGCCAGUACCGGCUCUCCGACUUCCCAAAACCCGGCCCCUGCUAAUACUCGCCCCUUGGCUGUUCGAAGCCCAAGCUCUGCCUAUUACUGCUCCGCGCAAACUUUAAGGCUUUGGCACCACCUGUUCCUGUUCCUUGCAAACUCUGUGGAGAACCUGCACGGGGGGUGCUUAGCAACAACCCUCCUCCAUGCCUCCAUCUGCCCAUCCCUGGCUCCUGUACCAGCGGCUCCAGUUUCUUCCUCCAGCCAGGUAGAAUGUUUGGGAUCCAUUUGGGGAUGCUCAGCUCGCCUGCCGCCCGCCUCUUCACCAGUGGGGACGCCACCAGCUGGUGGGUCCGCCGCUGACGCCACCUCCAGCUGCGCCUUCAGUAACUCCACCACAGACGGCUCUUUCAGCUCCGCCACCAGUGGCUGCGCUGCAGACGCCACCUCUAGUUCCGCCACCUCCAGUUCCGCUACCUCCAGUGUGUCCACCGCAGACGCGAUUUUCAAUUUCGCCUCCAGUAAGUCCAUCGCAGACGGCACUUUCAUCUCCUCCACCAGUGGCUCCGUCACAGACGCCACCUCAAGUUCCGCCUUUUGUGGGUCCCUCGCAGAUGCCAUCUUCAGCUUCGCCUCCAGUGGAUCCCCCGCAGAUGCCACCUUCAGCUCAGCCUCCGAUGGCUCUGCACUAGAUGCCACUGCCACAGCCAGCUCCACCUCCUCGUCUGCCACGGAUGUUGCCAAUCCAAGGACAUCCCCCUUGCCAACGGCAGCAAUACCUGGGACCUGGGUGUUGGUCUCAAUGGCUUAUGUCUAUCUCCAUUGCCGCCACGGAUGUGGACGCCGGCCUCGCCAACAGCAGCAGCGCCCGGGAUUUAGGCACGGAUCCUGCGCUACUCGUCCCUCCUCCUCACCAGCUGCAGCGGCGUUCCACUCGCCGUCGCCACCUGUCGCUUCCCGGUUCCUCCCAUGUGGGCUUCUUGCCGAGACGCACUUGCACUCGGUGCCCCCCCUGAACUCGGCGCUGGAUGUGGACCAGGGCGGGGGCAGCCCACUCCAAACCCACCCAACUGGCCCACAGCAGGUUAUAUGUCCUCUCUCCGUGUUUGUCGACUGCUGCUCGAGUGACGCCAAGACCUCCAGGAGCAAAGGAGCGUCAGGUGAAUACUUCCCUUCUUGUUGCAUUGUUGACGGGACACGGCGUCCGAAUGCCGGACUUUUGUUCGUCGGCGUGGACGUGUUUUACCGCGAGAUGAUUCACGGAAGGAUCAACGAUGGCGUGACUUUCUUUUGUCUGGCCGAAGUGAAGAGCAGGAGAGGAGGGAGAAACCAGGCUCGUCUGUGGCGUUACCUCACAUGA